ACGUAUUUGGUAAUUAUGGUAUUGUAUUCUCAGAUUUAUGCUCCGUGAUUCCAAAGAUCAGUGUGCGCCGUGCGGUGUUUCAACGCUUCUGGUGUCAAUCAAUCAAACGACAUAUUAGCAGUGCCUUCUUGGCGCUCGCGGUAAAGUGCUUCAAGGGGAGACAUCAAUACAUUUAUUUGGUAAGGCUGCCUCGAGGACGUUCGAGUUCUCCCAGGACCCCUUACUAAGGUAUGCCGCUGAACGGAUCGCGCCAAGCUGAUUUGUAUUUGAAGACCUGCGCGAGCAUGCUGUGGAUCCACCGUCAUUCACGAAGUCCGUGUCGAUGCACAUGCAGAUCCCAAUUAGUGGCUCAUCCUUCACGCUUGAUGCGGCUGGCGUAGCCGGUUUUUUCGGAGGCGACGAAACACUCUCAGCGAUGGCUACGGUACAUCUGUACCGCGGUCGAAGAUGGCUGGGCUGGUACAACUCUCCAGGGAGCUAUACGGUCGCCAAAAGAUACGGCCAAUUAGCCAACUCCCGACUCUGGGAUGGGCUGUUCCCAGGUCCAAAUCCAGAGCCAGCUGAAGCAUUCGGCCUGGAUGGCAAGCCUGGGCCGCGAUAUGUCGCUUCGCUGUCUGGCACAGACAUGGCCACGGGGCACCUUGCAUACCUCACAGUACAGAGAAGCAAAGAGUUGACGUGCAAGAGAGUUGAGGGCACAGCCAGCACGGAGACAUUACCUGCAACAGUGACUGUUAUCCACGUCGGAGACGUCACGUAUAAGGACCAAGUGGAGAUGAUGAGCACAAACCACGCACUGCUAGCCACCAUACCCAUAACCAUCAGCGUCGCGACAUGCGUCUCAUGUGCUGUCGUCGGGGACUGGCUCGGCUUCAGCCUCAUUCUUCUCGGAAUCAUUUCAAGCGGCGUAUCCUGCCUUGUGAUCGGCACUGCGAGGCUCCAUCUCCAGGCACCCAAAACCGUGACCCCCGGGGUGCCCCCAGGGGAUGGGUUGCUUUUGACCUUUCGCGACGUCGUCGUCCUGAAAGGGUCGGAAAAAGACGUGAAUGCGAUAACGAAGGGGCAAUUCUCGCUUGACAUGCGUGGCGGACCAGAGUACCGGAACGUUGGGCUGUGCUCGCUCCUCCUGCUGGCACAAUUCAUGUUACAGCUCCUCUUGAUCCCUCAGGCGACACUCUUCGGUCAAGUGAUGUUUCUUUCCUCCCUUGCAGCGUCUUGGAUCUACAACUCGUUCCUCUCUUCCCUUGAGAGUGAGAAAAUACAAGGAGAUCUGUUUUACAAGGCACUGCGGGUUGAGGACGAAUCAAUCCAGAAAUAUUGCCUCCAUAACAGGAGAAGCCAGGCUGUUUUCGCCUGCUCUAUUCUCAGCGAUGGAAUAGAGACAGAAGAAGACUUUGACGCGGAGCGCAUCUUGUCGUUGUUCGUGCCGAACAAGACGAGGGUUUGGAAUCUUUGGAGGGCCAAGGUUGCAGGGCAGUUGAAAUCUGCCUCCCCGAACAAAAGUUUCCUGGCAACAGAACAGGAGAAGGAGGGUUGCAUUUGAGGCGUCUCGUAACUUGCGCUCCAACUCCAAGUGCACCUGGGAAGCAAAUGAUGUAUGAAUGAUCGAUAUACUUAGCUGUACUUAUUGCG